AUGGCUCAGAUAAACUGCACACAGGUAAAAGAGUUCAUUCUGGCAGGCCUCACUGAUCAUCAGGAGCUGAAGUUGCCUCUCUUUGUGGUAUUUUUAUCCAUCUAUCUUUUCACAACAGUAGGUAACCUGGGCUUGAUCCUGGUGAUUAGAACAGAUGUAAGACUCAACACUCCCAUGUACUUCUUCCUCAGCAAUCUGGCUUUUGUUGAUUUUUGCUACUCUUCUGUCAUUACACCUAAGAUGCUUGGAAAUUUCUUGUACAAACAAAACAGUAUAUCCUUUAAUGCAUGUGCCGCUCAGUUAGGCUGCUUCCUGGCUUUCAUGACAGCCGAGUGUCUGCUAUUAGCUUCUAUGGCCUAUGACAGAUAUGUGGCCAUUUGCAACCCUCUACUCUAUAUGAUCCUAAUGUCUCCAGGAAUCUGCAUUCGGCUUGUAGCUGCCCCGUAUAGCUAUAGCUUCCUGGUUGCAUUAUUUCAUGCCGUCCUCACCUUCCGCCUCUGCUAUUGUCGCUCCAACCUCAUCAAUCACUUCUACUGUGACGACAUGCCUCUCCUCAGGCUGACUUGCUCAGACACUCACUCCAAGCAGCUGUGGAUUUUUGCCUGUGCUGGAAUCAUGUUCAUUUCCUCUCUUCUGAUUGUCUUUAUCUCCUACACAUUCAUUCUCUCUGCCAUCCUGAGGAUGCGUUCAGCUGAGGGAAGGCGCAAGGCGUUCUCUACAUGUGGUUCCCACAUGCUGGCAGUGACCAUUUUCUAUGGGACCCUCAUCUUCAUGUACUUGCAGCCCAGCUCUAACCAUUCUCUGGACACAGACAAAAUGGCCUCUGUCUUCUACACAGUGAUCAUCCCCAUGUUGAAUCCCUUGAUUUACAGCCUCAGGAACAAAGAAGUAAAGGAUGCCAUGAAGAAAUUCAUCACCGGUCAAAGCCAGGCUUUUAUGUUCAUGAAAUUAAGAAAAUGA